CCCUGAGGAGGGGAAGUUCAUCAUGGGCUUGCAGUUCCAUCCUGAGCGCAUGAGACGGCCGGGAACAGAGGAGUUCGAUUAUCCGGGAUGCCCUGCUGCUUAUCAGGAGUUUGUGAAGGCAGUGAUCGCAUACCAGAGGAAGGUUAGCAGCACAGCCGGCAUCGAGAAUUGCCAGAGGCUGGGUGAGGAAAUGGAGGAGAAAAGGAAGAACAUCGUUCGGAGCUUCUCACUUGCAAAGCAUGUGUACGUUUCUAAGCAGGAGAUGCCUCCGGCGAAAGAACAAGACCUCCAAGUAGGAGCCGAAUUCCUCGAGGCAAAUGCGGCACUGAACCCCCAGCAGGAGAAGAGGCUGAAGCAGAUGGGAGCUACGGUGAGGAACGCGUCGUUCUAUCUCGAGAAGAUGAAGAUGAACGAGGCGAGGAAGACGGCAGCAAGGAUUACGAUGGAGAAGAUGUCCAUCGAGCAGUUGUCGGAACUGCAUUCCUUCUAUCACAUGAUGGGCAAGAUAUGCUCAGAGGUGAUCGACAAAAAGCUGGAGGCAACUUGAGCUUGAAGAGAUGAGUGAUAGAAGAGAUCUUUGAUAUAAGACUAUGAUAUUGUCAAAUAUGGAGUGAUAAUUUUACAUUCCAUCAAUCACAUCAUGGCCUUGGUGGCAUUUGCAAGUCUGUAGCGCUCCCCUUCAA